UGAAAGUAUUUGAGCGGCGUCUUUAUCAGGGCAGUUUAGUUCUGCUGGACGCAUCAAUAAUUGUGUGCAGGCACCCGGAAAAAAAUAAUAGACUCUUUAGUUUUUUCAAAUCUUUUUUUAAAACAGUUUUUAAAUAAAAGGAAAUUGAGCAGCGAGUCCAGCCACGAGGAGUAGGCUUUUACCAGAAACUGAAGCAUGAAUUUUCUUUGUCAAAAUCCUAAGAGGCGCGUUUUCACAGCAAAAACAAUAUAAAAACUACUCUGCCAAAAAAAGGAUUUAGUCUAGCUGAUCGACAUUUUUUUGUGAAAUAUACAGGCUAGCAGCCUUAUUAAUUGAUAACAAAGGACAGGACAACACGAAAUUGGAAUUACUGCUUGCCUUGAAAAAAAGGGGGGCAGAGAAAGAAGUGCUGAGGGUGAUCAGGCUUCAUCAUUAUGGAAGAAAAUGCUCGCCGAGACCCAGAGCGCGCACAGGUCUUCGACGAGGAGUCCAACCGGGCCAUCCUGCCUCUCCUCCAGCCACCUGGCAACCAUCAGUCCCACAGGAUCACAAACUUUUACAUCGACAACAUUUUGAGACCGGACUUUGGUCGAAAGAGGAAGCACGGAGCCCUGGUCCGGGAGGGAGACAGUCUGGGUCUGGGUGGGAUUAUACGCACAGAGGAGCUGACAGGGACAAAGUCUUCCAAAACUGGCAACCCGCAGCAAGGUGGAGCAGGAGGCGAGGAGGAAGAAGAAGAAGAAGAGGAUGAGGACACGGGAGCAUCCGACGACCAGCAUCCGGACACUGAGGCCAAGAGGCCGGACCUUAGAGCCGGGGAUGCGGCUGGGAAGGGUCGGGGGAGCGGCGGGGACCGAUGCGGGAGCCCCGAGGCCGGCUCGGCCCCUGCGUCGAAGCCGCCGAUGCUGUGGCCGGCCUGGGUUUACUGCACCCGCUACUCGGACCGUCCGUCGGCAGGGCCCAGAUCCCGCAAACCAAAGAAGGAAUCGACCCCGAGUAAAGAGGACAAGCGGCCCCGGACGGCCUUCACCGCGGAGCAGCUCCAUCGGUUGAAAACGGAGUUCCAGAGCAACCGGUACCUGACCGAGCAGCGGCGGCAGAGCCUGGCCGGGGAACUGGGCCUUAACGAGUCUCAGAUCAAAAUCUGGUUUCAGAACAAACGGGCCAAAAUCAAGAAAGCCACCGGGAAUAAAAACGCUCUGGCGCUGCAUCUCAUGGCGCAGGGACUGUACAACCACGCCGGGUCCAAGGACGCCAAGUCGGACAGCGACUAGAGGAGACACGGAGGGACAGGAGGGGGUUCUGAACCAUGCAAUAAAAUCACUUCAGUACCAGCAUUCAUAUUUAAAAACUCAAACAGAGACGAUAUUGUGACAUUUUGUCUGUCGUGUGUGUGUGUGUGUGUGUGUGUGUGCAGGAUAUGCGUCCGCAGGGCUGUAGUAGCCUAUAGAUGACGAUGUCCAAUCCAAAUCAAAAUGUAUGCUGCGUUCAUGUCAUAAAGAGAAGUCGGGAUUUUCCACACAGCUGUUAGGCUACUGCCCAAAACCCGCAACUUCUGCAGGCCUACACCUCGCCUAGAUGUCCAACUAAAAACAGCCAUGGAUGCUUCUGUAACAUCUGAUUUUAGCCACUUUAUAGGAUGCAUUAUUUGAUUUGGGUCUGAAGUAACGUCUGUUAAGAAGGCCGAUUCAGAACUCCGUGUGGCACAUAAAGGCAACAUUUCCAAAUUGGCGAGCGCUUCUUGAGAAAAGAGUGUCUUGAAACAUUUAUUAGCUAAAAGCACAGCAGCCUGCCAGCCUCUGGCAGAUGAGCAGGUUUGGGAUAAAUUAAAAAACUAUAAUUCAAAGUCUAUUGUCAUUGGCUAUGAAAAUAAGACCGUUUUGAAAUUGUUCAACAUUAGAACUAAGGCUAUAGUUUUAAUAGCGUACCCCGCCCUCUUUGACCUCAUAAUAGCCCAUUAUUUCAGAAUCUUCACACAUUUCAACCUGUUCAAUUUCUGAGUUGUUUUGGGUUUUUUCCUGUGAAGAAACCAGAAUACCGAUGUUCUGACACACGUGAAUGCAGCAUUCAUAGGGUCAGAUGGGACAAAUAAACUACAGAAAUAAUAUCUUCGACUUAUUUUAGAGGCGAGGAACGAGAGCAAACCCAUCCAACAGGAGCGCAGAAAACACGCACGAGCUCCAUGCAGGGAUGAGAAGAGUGGACUGGACAACCGUCACGAGCGCUACAGCCCUGUGUCCCGUCAGGCUCAGCGGCUGUGUCAGAGGGACUUUUAUUGUUUAUGAAAACUAUAUGCUGAAAUCCAAAGAUUUUUUUCUGCUGCAUUCUGGGAACUGUGAACGGAGAAAAUAGCCUCUGACCUACUUUGUGUUGUCUGUGUUUUGUAGCCUCCUUUUUAUUAUUAUUACUAAUUAUAGGCUAUUUUCGGCUCUGUUACUUUUUUACUGAGUCGGCGUGCUGUUGGCCUGCUGAAUGUCGAGCUGGAGGUCUGCUGGUUUGGGAGUAGCCAACAUUAGAUAAUAACGACACAUUUUUUAUAUCUGGAAUUAAAGGUCUGCUUUAUAGAAGCUGUGUUUCUUUAGUAAAUCGGUCCUUAAACAACCGAACGGGCAACUGAACACUACUGCCUCGAUAUGAAUUUAUUAUCCGAGUGUGGGAAGAAAACCACAUCCGUUUUCUCCAGAUAAAGUCCAAAACUCAUUUUCAAUUUCGAUUUUGUUGAAGAAAGAAAAGAAAAAAGCCAUUUAAACGAGCAGAACACAUUUGUUCUUCUUUUCAACAAACGUCCAGCCUUACACCCCUUUAAUCAGUUCACAUGAUGUCCCAAAGCCAAGCCAUCGUCAACCAGGGACAUUCUUCCUUCCCAUUCAUGUCCACCCGUCUGCCGAGUCUGGCACCGCACCCCCCGGCCGACCCCGGACCUGCAGCCCGUAGUCCGGCUACCACUCUGCGAAUGUUUCCAGACAAAUAGGCAAGGUUUUUAUUUGUUGUUAACAAAGAACCGUUAUAUUCUUAUUUAUAAUACAACGCACACGUCUAUAGCCAUGCGGAAAUGGGGCUCUGGAGUGUUUACAUAACUUAUUUUUCCUGCAAUAACCUUUGUGUUUGAAUGCCUCAUCUGACAGGCCUUUCGCCGGGUCUAAUGAAUGUGGAUCCGAACCAAAUCGUGGUCUUUCGAUGCUGUGAAUGUUUCUUUUUUAAUUUUAUAUUUUAUUUUGUGUUAUAGGAAGUCAGUUUAGUCUUCUUACUUUCAGCCAAGUACGACCCCGGACAAGCUUCUGCCUUAA